UCAAAGUGGGAAUAUUUUGAGGGAAUGAGUUCAUACAAACGAGCUAUCUACCAUCCAUUUUAUCCCAUCUAGACACGAGAUGGAAAAUGAUAUUACCUGCGCUCUUAACAUGAGAAAUAUAGAUACUUAGUAAAAAAAAAACAACAUAAACGUCUAAUAUCAUAGUAGACUAGAAAGUAGAAACACUAGAACUCGAACGUCACCCGCAUUAUUAACCCCUUGAAUAACACCGAGACUCCGAGAGCAUCACUCUCCCCCUCCCCCCAUACAUUUGCACAACCAAAGCGCCCCAUCGCCUGCGGUCCAUAGCGCAAGGCAGCAGCUUCUGGUAGAAUUUAUAAAAAAAAAUAUUUUCAAUUAAAACAGAAUUUAUCAAAAAAAUCCAUUUUCACUCUCCUCUAUACACCAGACCACAGAUAGCCCAGCCGCCACUACCACCGUCACUCCCACAAACCGGAACUGCCAUUGCUCGCCGGCGCUUUCUGCUACCGCCGCGCCUGCCGUCGUUGGCGCCUUCGCCUCCUUGCUAACGCUUCUUCUCUUUGUUGCUUGCCUUGGUUCAUCAUCUGCUUCUUCAAAAUUCCAAAGGUUUAAUUCAUUGAAAAUCGUCGGUGUAGAGCUCUAAUGGCUGCACAAGUUGAGGACAGAGUGAAGUCUUUCCUGUGUCAAUUGCAAGCAGAAUCCGGAAUUCUUGACCGGAUCAUUUAUAAGAACAAGAAUCAGCAUCGGCGAUGCUCGUAUUUUCAGUACCUUUUGAAGGUAAGGAGGGACCUAAAGCUUUUACAUUCAGUUCAGUUGGAGGAGCUUUUAGAUUCAUGUUUCUAUGUUAUUACUGGAAGAAAAGCUAAACAAAAGGCAAAUCUUCUUGAAAGUUUGAAAAGGAGGAAACGCGACGGUGUACAAUUUAAUUUCAUGGAACGUCUUCAUGGGGCAGCACGAUUGCUAUCUGAGAUGGUCGAGCCUAUACUGAAGGCAGCUACUGAUAUAUCUACUUUGCUUGCCCGUUCAUUUUUCAUGGGGUUCUCUGUAAUGAUUCUUGCUCUGCUGGCUCGCCUCAGAGUUUUGAUUCAGCAGAUGCUACUGGAUGUUGUUUCUGUGUUCAACGAAGUCUCUUCUCUUGCUCAGAAUAAACAGUCCAUAAAAAUAACUCACAAUGGAAUGGAGGUUUUUCGAGAGUAUUAUCCCACAUUGGAGGAGGAAGUUAUUGUCUUAGAAUGUGUCUGGAAAACGGAUAAAUUUGUAUUGAUAAAAAAAUCUGAUAAAGGCAAUAUAUUACAUCAAGGUGGGAGCUCAGAAACAGUACAAACUCUUGGAACAUCUAUAAAGUACCAAAGUAUUGAUGCUUUUCUUGAAGAUGAUGAAUUUGAUUCUGAGAAGGCUAAUGAAAAUGUUGGUGAAGAGUUUCUCUUAAAAAGAAAACGAGUUGAAUCACCAUCACCCAUCUCCAAUGAAAACAUUUAUAAUGCUGAGCAGAUUCAAAUGCCUUCAGUACCAGUGAACGUUUCAGAAAAUGAGUUACAACUGACAGAAAGCACCCUGGUGAAAGGCAGUUCUCUUUCUGGCUCAGUAACUUCCCUAAUUCCAAGCUUAUCUAAGCCUGAUUCUACAUUGAACAAGAGAGUGGCAUUCAUAUCUGUAAAGAAGAAUGCUUUAUCAGAAUCAGAUGCAUUCGUAUCUCAGGUAAAUGACAGUAAAAGUAAAGGGCAUGAUGAUGAAGAAAACACUCUUUUUCGUCUGUUUACAGAGGAAGAAACAACAGGAAGUAUAUUUUGAAAAACGGCCUUAGCGUAGCUGAAUUUUAACCUAUUGUUCCACAAACUGAUGACGUUUAAGGAUUAUUAUGACCUGUUUUAAUUAUUGUAAAACCUUUAAGAGUGAUGACUGAAAGUGCCAAUUUUUAGGAAUAGACUAGAUGAUCCUGUCUAAGACAUUUCUAUGCUACCAAUGAAAACAGUAGAUCAGAAAAUUGGCCGCUUUUUUUUUUUGGGUCAUUUGUCAGUAAUUUGUUGAAGCAUGAACUCAUUAUGCAGUUUAUUUUUUUUAAAAAAAGAAGUGAUCUAUUAAGUAUAUUAAUGUCCCAA